UAAAAAAAUUAAAAAAAACAAACCCUUUCCUGUCUAUGGUGUUCUCUUUGCAAAGCUGCUUACUUUCUACUCCAGAGUUUAUGAUCCAUCCCCAAAACACAUGGCUGGCAAACCAUCUGUAAAGCUCUAUAGAAAGACCAUCGCACUGAGAGGUUUGGCUGGAGUUCAGAGGCAGGUGCCCCAUAAAGCUCAUUUUUGUGUUAAGUUCUUUUCAAAGGGUUUCCAAAGUCCAAACCCAAGUCCACUUAGCCAAGUAAUUAACUCCAAAUGGAGUGAGGCAGGGAUUUGACCCCUGUGGAUUGAAAACAUCUAAUUAAGGGAUUUAACCAAGAUCUUAUAGUGAUCAGGGCCCAAAGUCUCUGUUGUUGAAGUAGGCUCCGGUUCCUUACAAUAAAUACAACAAAAAGCUAACAACCAUAAUUGGCCAUAAAGUUCUCAAUGUGAUCACAUUUUCCUUAAUAUCUAGAAAACAAAAACAGAAGCUCACCACAAUAAUAGGAUUCACAUUAUAUUAUGGAAUCUUUAAUUUGCGCCUGUGGAUCACCAUAUACAGCGCUUCUAUUCAUCCAAGGGCCAUUUGCUGACACGUGAGAAGAGGAUUGUGUGCUUACGGCCUUGUUUUUUGUGAAAGAGUGGGUGAAGAUUAAAAUUUAAUUUAUUUAUAUCUCACCCUUUCCAAAAGGCUUAGAGCAACUUGCAAUAAUGCCUUUGUUAUGAUAGGAAAUCACAACAUUUUCAAUAACCAACGAAGCUAUCUGAAACCAUAUAGCUAGAAGAUAGCUGUUUUACAACAGCAGCAACGAAUGUCACUGUCAAAGCAAACUUAAUCCAAUGAUUUGGUUUACAAUACUGUACCUUUAAGGACGUUACUAUCAACAAUACUGAGUGCCUCCAAACACAUGCAAGCAGGAAGGACCCAAACCAUGUGAUACAGUUCACUGCAACUCCAAAAGUUUCCUAAUGAAAAGUUCCUCUUUCUUUGAGCAGAACAAUCUCUGGAUAAACGCAGAGAAAUGGCGUUGUUCAAAUGCAAACUGAUUCUAGCAGUGAAAUUCACCUGGUUUCUACAUAAUGUUGGUAGCGUUAUAGAUACCUGCGAAGUUACUGUCGCACAACCCUCGCUUAGGGAAGUGGAUUAUACUGUCAGCACCGUGAACAUAACAUGCAGUUUCUCUGCUUCUGGAUGCUCUGGAUCCGCUCAAGUUCUAUGGUUUCGUUUUCUUGCUCAUAAACAUGAGGCUUUAUGCACACCUUUGUGCACAAACACUGGCAAAUUCAAAGUGACUGAACCAUCUAAGAAUAAUGUUUCACUUCAGAUCAGCCAUUUGACUGUAAAUGACAGUGCUGUUUAUUUCUGUGGAGUAGCAUUUUCACAAUCAUUUUCACCCACCUCUAAGCAAACCGGGGAAGGUACAAUUCUGGUGGUAAGAGAAGGGACUGGAAAGAGCUACACUGAAGAAUACACCCUCAUGAUAGUCCUCUCAUCCUUACUGUUUUUAUACAACACCACCAUACUUUCACUAUUUAUAAUCUACUAUAAGUCAAAAUCUAAAUUACUGAAGAAAACUGAGAGAGAAAAUGAAAAUGGAGAGCAACAUAAACAUAACAGUGGACGAAGAGUUUUUCAAGCAAUUGCACAAGAACUAUACAGGAAGAGAUAUGCUGAAAACUGUCAUCGGACUGAGAUUUUGGGAACAGAUGAUGACAGCAUUUAUCAAAACAGAUGAGAAAAUUCAGCAGGUGUUUGAGAUUUCUCAGUCAAAACCCAAGUCUUUUUCAACUUUCCUUCCAAAAAAUAGAUCCUUACUGAAUGAUGUUUUGGGGGAGGGGGGUUGUUUUUUGUUUUUGUAAUAUUGCUUCUGAUUGCGUACUAAGAAAAAUAAGCUGAACAGUGAUAGGAAAGCAUGUCUAAGUCCGCUCCUGCAAAUGUAAAUAAAUACAUUGGAAAGGGACUUCCAUUGAAGAGCUGCUUAUAUUCCAUGGAAAUGUUCUUAUUCAGAAUUUAUUUCUGCAUAUAAAAACAAAACAAAACAAAAAAAAACCUUUCUGUAUUUUUUCAUAUGAAUCUAAUGCUAACAUUUCAAGAACUUUUAGUAAUUCAAGAACUUCCAACUCGGACAACACCCAAGGUCCAUCUAGUCCACUGUCCUGUCCCCAACACAGGCCAGCGCCAGAUAUUUCAGAGGAAAGUGGAAACAACUUCCCUUCUCCAAAAUCCCCCGUGGACAAAGUUAGAGACUAAUCCACCAAUAAGGCCAAGUUUCUUCUUAAUCCCAGGCAUUUAAAACUGGUUUCACUCUUGAAGUGUGGCAUCUCAUACACUUGCGCAGUCACUCCUAUAAUAAUUAUGCAAUCCUUUAUUUAAUUCUAAACUAUUUGCCUAGAUGUAGUGUAGCUGCAAAUUCUACAGGUUAACAUUUUUUAUUGGAUAAACAAUUCUUCUAUACACACUACACAAUACUUAAUACAAGCAUGGACAAAGUAAAACUUAACUACAUAAAAACAAAUUGUGGGCUUUUUUGUAAUGCACUAUGAUUGAUUGUUAAGAUUCCCGUUUACUUCAAAUGUUAUGAAUUGGCAAGAUGCACAAAUGUCAAGAUAAAGUGAUGAGAUUGUAUUGUAUGUCUAACAUUAAAAUAGUGGUGUAUUUCUCUCCAAGUCUCUGUGGAAAUAACUUGUGGAAAAGCACUUUCCAACUCUAGAUGUCACUAUAAUUCCAGAAGUAGCUAGCUAAUAAAGCAAUGUGAAAAAGGAAAUAUCCAUUUCUUUUGUUUUCUCUGCAGUAUAACAUUUGUAUCAAUAGUUUCCACAACUUUUAAUAACAAGGAAACAGGCUGUAGCAAGUAUAGAGCAUUAUGGGAUUUUUAAAGACUAAAUUAUUAAUGAACACAAUUUUAAUUAAAUUCUAAUUUCAGGCUAAAUCAUAAAAUACAAAUCUGUAAGACCUUCUCUAAAGGGGCUCUUACCUUUUUCUAAUAAUUGACCAGGAAUCAUUAAAAGAUAUACUCUUUCUAGACUCCUCUCUAUGUUUCAAGUCUUUGUUCUAAGUGCUCCUUUGCUCCCUCUUAUGCAUCAUCUUACAAAAGAGCAGUGCUCACAGUUUUGGCCCUGUGGGGCAGCAGAAUGGCAUGGGGCUCUCCCUGCACCCCAGUAUCAGGCCCUAUACCACCUCCUGGGGCUCCCCAUGGGAUUCACAGGGAGGCCCAUGGGCCGGAUCACACAGUUUGAGACCCAGCUAGACUAAGCCUUGGCUGGGGUGAUCUAGUCGGGGACGGUCCUCCCUUGAGCUAGAUGAUCUCCUGAGGUCCCUUCCAACCUUAAUUUUCUAUGAUUCUAUGACUGAGUACAACAGGGAGUGUUUUGUCAAAAUUAGAAUCUCUUUUGUUGGUAUUGAUCUCCAUUGCCUGUAAAAAUACUGUAUCUGGGCCCCAAGUCUUGUGUAUAAAAUGUACUGAAAAGACAACAGACUGGAAUGUGGGAAAUGCUACCAACCAGUCUUCCCUAGUGACAACAAUGUCUCUAAAACUGAAGUUUUGCACUUUUGAGUGAAGAAAACUGAAUAAAGCUUUGCAAAAUAAAGUUAAUUAAGCAAGUAAGAAAGUCUUAUUCUGUACCUGAAAUUUUUAACAAAUGACAUGGCUCAUAAUACCGAGUGAGCUGAAACUGGACAGAGUCUGGAUUAAUGUUCAUAUAAAUAUUAUAGUUAUUUGGCCCUAAAUUAGUUAAAUUAAUAUUCAAGUCAUAAUUGUAUUUUAUGGACUGCUUUGCAAGAAAAAAAAAAAAAUCAAUUUGUCUAGGCUCUAACAAGUGAUCUAAGAAUCCAAGGUUCCUGCUUUCUUGUCACUUGAUAGGCCAAAUAGAUUAAUUUUAAAAAGUUUCUUCUCUCCCCCACCCCUUCCCUUUAUGGGUUUAGGAAAAUAUUUUUGGGUAUUUAACUGUGGGGCAUAACUUAUUAAAAGUUUGUACCAGAUUGGAAUAGUUUUUUCCCCAUCAGAAGUUUGCAUAAGUUAAAGUCCAAAAAUGGAAUUUACUCUAUGUUCUAAAACUUAACACAAUUGAAACUAUGUGCCUUUCACAACAAGAUAGGUGCUCUUUGCUUAGUGGCUAUUUGUUUGCAACUCACCUGUAACAUUUCAGAAAAUUAAAAACACGGAACCAGAAACACUCAACUCUUAUGUUCACAAAACAGCUUUCUUAAAAUAACACAAACACCUCCCCACCCCCACAUAUCCAAAUGUACAUAUACAUUAAAGGAGAUACCUGAAAGGGGUCAGAAGGACAUAUAAAAAUGCUGCUCAUGGCCACUCGAUGGUGGGUAACAAACUUAUUGGAAACCCUGCUGUCUGAAACUAAGUAUCUAUUUUGCCUCAGGUCACCAGCCCGAGGAAAGCUCGUCCUUGACAGCAGUAUAGAAAUGCUGCUCGGUGAAUGGGGCAAAGUGGAAGCAGCGACUUCCAGUUGGUGAUUGUACCUGCAAAUGAGAACAUGCAGCUGCCAGGAGCAGUCCCCCCCACCUUUUUUUUUUG